AUGGCGGCGGGACGCGGGAGCUGGGGACGAGGAGAGGGACAUGAAGCAGCUGCAGGCGGACCUGAGGGAGCCGGGGAGCCCACAAGGGAGAAGCCCAGGAGACAGGGUGAAUCGUCGCCUCAAAUACAUGAGCCUGGCUGUGUUGGUGGUACAGAAUGCUUCGCUCAUCCUCAGCAUCCGAUAUGCCCGCACCCUGCCUGGGGAGCGCUUCUUCUCCACUACUGCUGUGGUCAUGGCAGAAAUUCUGAAGGGCAUCACUUGCCUGAUCCUCAUGUUGGCCCAGAAAAGAGGCAAUGUCAAGGAACUUGUUGUGUAUCUGUAUGAUGCCAUCAUUAUUCAGUAUAUGGACACCCUGAAGCUGGCAGUGCCCUCUCUUAUAUACACAUUACAAAAUAACCUUCAGUAUGUGGCAAUAUCGAACCUUCCGGCAGCCACGUUUCAGGUUACUUAUCAGCUGAAGAUUUUGACCACAGCUCUGUUUUCUGUCCUCCUCCUGAGAAAAAGCUUGUCGCGGCUCCAGUGGGGAUCCCUGGUUAUCCUCUUUAUUGGGGUGGCCAUUGUGCAGUCUGAGCAGUCUGGUGGAAAAGAGACCUUAUCAGCGAGCGGACAGAACUACGUCAAAGGCCUGAUCGCUGUAGCUGUAUCCUGCUUGUCUUCUGGCUUUGCAGGAGUUUACUUUGAACGCAUCCUGAAAGGCAGCUCGGCUUCAGUAUGGCUUCGUAAUGUCCAACUUGGCAUAUUUGGCACAGCUCUUGGACUUUUGGCCAUGUGGCAGCAGGAUGGACCUGCUAUAGCUGAACGUGGCUUUUUUUUUGGGUACACACCACUGGUCUGGUGCGUCAUCUUCAACCAGGCCUUCGGAGGUCUCCUGGUAGCUGUGGUGGUGAAAUAUGCUGACAACAUCCUGAAAGGCUUUGCCACAUCGCUGUCCAUUGUGGUCUCCACGGCGGCAUCUGUCCACCUGUUUGGAUUCAACGUAGACCUACCUUUCGCAGUGGGAGCUGGCCUGGUUAUAGGGGCAGUAUAUUUAUACAGCCUUCCAAGGACACCCGAUCCUGCCUUGUCUAGUGUCAAUCAGACUUCCUCACAUAAGGAGGCCUUUUUACCAAAGUCAGUGCUCACCAAAUGA